AUGAAGUUGGCUUUAGGAAUCUUGAUUGUAUGCGUCAGUUCGACAUGUGGGUUUCUAUUUACAAGUAAAUCUGGACCAGAAUGGAAUGCAUUGAGAACUACUUGGGGUCCAAAUCCAUUAAGUUCUCAUUAUUAUGUUAAACAACCGUUGACCAUCGAGGACGCCAAAAAGAGCGGUUUCGAACAAGUCUCGACCGGAUGUCAAGGAAAAUUUCUUGGACAACGCUUUAUUCAAGGUAAAGAUGUUAGUCUAGUUUUAAUCUAUGACAGCAACGGCCACAUUGCUGGCGUUCAAAUGGGUAUUCCUGCAUCGAUGAUCAGCGACAAAUACUACAAAUUUUCCGAACAGAAAAUGUACAAUCGCGAUACAAUUGCUGGUAUUGACGUUUAUAUUCUUACCGCUUAUUUCGUUGAUCCUAAAACAAUCUGUCAAUCGGACGAACAUGCAACUCAACGUGCAAAAGGAAGUAUUGGUACAGGACUUUGGUUACAAAACGGUACUGAUCCAAUUCGUGAUUCGUUUUCCUCACCAAUCAGUCAAAGCGAAACCAACCAAACAAAAUGGGCGCAAGGUGCAUGUUUUCCAUCCAUGGGUGUCCACUAUUGGUACGACAAUCGAUUGGACGUUGAUUGUGCAUCAUUCUUCCCUUCAUUUCUCAUGUACAACAAAGGCAAAUUAACCGGAUUCGGUUGGGCUACAGCUGGCAAAUUCGAAUAUUCAAAACGAACAGAAUAUCCACCAUUGGCUGCUUUGAGCUCAUUCUUGAAACCUGUUCCAACAUGCAUGCCAAACUUCUUCGAAGAAACCGGUGGCUUCACUACCAUGCACGUUUAUUUCAACGCUCAACCAUGGAAUCUUCUCUGUUAA